GUUGUGUGGCAUGGAUUCAGCCCAGUAAUAUUGACAAUAGGGUUAAACCGGAUUGCCCUAAAAAUCAAAUAAAUAAAGAAGAAGAACCAAAAUAAGCACGGGGUGCAUAAUACUGGAUACGAUUUCUAUCAACAAUCAGGGUUUUAUCUGAUUUUUAAUGCAUGCAUUGAUGGGACGCGAAGGAUUAUUUCACUAGAAGGCACCAGUUUUGUGGGAUUGGCCACCUUAAGGCCAGGAUUGCAUUAUUUUGUUUUGGUUUUUUUUUCCUGUUUGGACUAUGGUUGUUUUUGGAUGACUUUAACAGAUUGGAAGCAUUUACAGUGUGUAAUUAAAUAAAGCGCUUUUAAAGAAGGAUCACUGUUUGUAAUCAACGAAGCACAGAGGAUCAAGGGCUAUGUCCUCAGCAGCCACCUCGCCGCCGUCAGUGGACAAAGUAGACGGGUUUUCCCGAAAAUCAGUCAGAAAGGCUAAGCAGAAGCGCUCACAGAGUUCCUCACAGUUCCGCUCUCAGGGCAAACCCAUCGAGCUCACCCCUCUCCCACUGCUCAAAGACGUUCCCGCUCAGGAGCAGCCGGAUUUGUUCCUGAAGAAGCUGCAGCAGUGCUGCACCUUGUUCGACUUUAUGGACACGCUCUCCGACCUCAAGAUGAAAGAGUACAAGCGCUCAACACUCAGUGAACUGGUGGAUUACGUCACGGUGAGCCGAGGCUAUCUCACCGAGCAGGCCUACCCAGAGGUCGUGAAAAUGGUGUCCUACAACAUAUUUCGCACUCUUCCGCCCAGCGAGAGUAACGAGUUCGACCCAGAGGAGGACGAACCCACUUUAGAAGCUUCAUGGCCACACUUACAGCUGGUAUAUGAGUUCUUCAUUCGCUUCUUGGAGAGUCAGGAGUUCCAGCCCAGCAUUGCCAAAAAGUAUAUAGACCAGAAAUUUGUCUUACAGCUUCUGGAACUGUUUGACAGCGAGGACCCGCGGGAGAGAGACUACCUGAAAACAGUCUUACACAGAAUCUACGGCAAAUUCCUGGGACUGAGGGCUUUUAUACGAAAACAAAUAAAUAAUAUUUUUCUACGUUUUGUUUAUGAAACUGAGCACUUCAACGGAGUGGCCGAGUUGUUGGAAAUUUUGGGAAGCAUCAUCAACGGCUUUGCUUUACCUCUGAAAGCCGAACACAAGCAGUUUCUGGUGAAAGUGCUGAUUCCUCUGCAUACAGUCAGGAGUCUGUCGCUCUUCCAUGCACAGCUGGCGUAUUGUAUUGUACAGUUCCUAGAGAAAGACCCCACGUUAACAGAACCCGUCAUUAGAGGCCUUCUCAAGUUCUGGCCGAAGACAUGCAGUCAAAAAGAAGUGAUGUUCUUAGGAGAGCUGGAGGAGAUUCUGGACGUGAUCGAACCUACGCAGUUUGUGAAGAUCCAGGAGCCUCUCUUCAAACAGAUCUCCAGAUGUGUCUCCAGCCCUCACUUCCAGGUGGCUGAGAGAGCUCUGUACUACUGGAACAAUGAGUACAUCAUGAGUCUUAUCGAGGAGAACUCCAACGUCAUCCUGCCCAUCAUGUUUGCCAGCCUGUACCGUAUCUCCAAAGAACACUGGAACCCGGCCAUCGUAGCUUUAGUGUACAACGUUCUGAAAGCCUUUAUGGAAAUGAACAGCACUUUGUUUGAUGAACUCACUGCCACCUACAAGUCAGAUCGUCAGAGAGAGAAGAAGAAAGAAAAGGAACGGGAGGAGCUGUGGAAGAAACUGGAAGAUCUGGAGCUAAAGAGAGGCGCUAUUAUUCCCACUUAACGCUGUGCCGUGUCUGCCACAGCCUCCUUAACACUCCCACCAUGUCGGCCCACGUCUGUGCUCAUUUUUCCCCUUUUGUUUAUUUAUAUAUAUAUAUAUAUAUAUAUAUAUAUAUAUAUAUAUAUAUAUAUGUGUGUAAUUUCCCCAUUUCUGUAUCGUGCGACUUACUUUACUGUAGAAUUUCUUUGUCUGUUUCAUUAUUUCAACACUGUAAAUAUAUUUUUUUUCCUGCCAUAUUCUUCCUUGAGAAUAUUACACUGAAUGAGAAAUUACAAAUGGACUUAAACAGAGGAAAAAAAGAGGCAGAAAAAGGACUUGAUCAGAUUGUAGGACUUGGAAUGAACUGCUACUGCGGAAGGCAAUGAAAUCAGCAAUGAGAGACUCACCUCACCUCACGGCUCAUUCCUGCUAACGCUAGUUCAGACCCUCACUCACACUCGCUUUCUCUCUCUCUGGCUUGCUGUUUGUCUCUGUGUCUCUUGCCCUUUCAUCCUGCUGAAUUUCUUCUUUUUUGCCCUUAAAUAAAACGUGGACUUUUACAAGCUUGAAGAUUUCCUCAGAGCGAUAAAGCUAGAUGCUAAACGGCGAUAGCACACCAGCUAAUUAACACAAUGUUUCUGUUCUUUCGGUGCUGCUCAUUUCUUCUGUUGUCUUAGUUCGGUCUUUCUGAUUUCCCCUCGAUUCUGCGCCAGUCUGGCACUGGUAUCCAUAAGCUAACAAACACACAUGCAGCUGCACACACAUGGAUAAUUAGGAGUCUGGAGUCUCUGCGCCAAAAUCGAGCUUUGUGUUGUUAAUUGACUGACGUAGGUAUGAGCGUACUAGUUUCUUACAGUGUUACGGAUGUUUAUUGUAACCGAAUGCAGUUUCUUGAUCUGUUAUCUACAUUAUGUAUGUUUAUUUUCUUCAGGAACGAUCACAGAGUGUUAAAGCUGAACAACCACUUGCUGUAUUUUUUUUUUUUUUUCCGUUUUUACUUCAUGUUUUCAUCGUUGAGCUUUUAGUUAAGAGAAAUGUAGUUAGAGAAGAAGGGCUGCUGCGUCGAAGAGGAGAGCAAGAGUGAUUAUUUCAUUCAUUUGAGGUCUGAAAUCCAUCCAGAUUCAUUUUGUGGUGAGCUGAAGCAAACGAUCAUAAAGAGGCAAAGUGGGCUGGAAAAAAUGACAAAUGUUUAAUUAUUUUAAAAAUAAAGACGUAUUAAAUUAAA